CCAAAGCAUGCAGAAAAUAAAAUUCUUUCCUUUUUCCGCCACCAUCUAAUCGAACAACAUCAACGUUCGUUGCGCUAUUUCGAUUUCGGUGAAAAUAAACGUUUUGCUAGUUAUUCGAACGCCGCAACCAUGGCUCCAUCUCGCAAGAACAAAGUAGUGAAAGAAGAAGUCCAAGUCUCGCUUGGACCGCAAGUGCGCGAUGGUGAGGUCGUGUUCGGCGUGGCACACAUCUACGCCAGCUUCAACGAUACCUUCGUGCAUGUGACGGAUCUGUCCGGGAAGGAAACCAUCUCCCGGGUGACCGGCGGUAUGAAGGUGAAAGCCGAUCGUGAUGAAGCUUCACCGUACGCGGCCAUGUUAGCUGCCCAGGACGUUGCCGAAAAGUGUAAAUCGCUUGGCAUUACGGCACUGCACAUCAAGCUGCGUGCUACCGGUGGUAACCGUACGAAGACACCCGGACCGGGUGCCCAGUCGGCCCUUCGUGCGCUCGCACGUUCGUCGAUGAAGAUCGGCCGCAUCGAGGAUGUGACGCCGAUUCCAUCCGAUUCCACCCGCCGCAAGGGUGGCCGUCGCGGUCGUCGGUUGUAAGAGCCGAAUUCUUCAUGGUGGAUGGUGGUUGUUCACGCGUCUCAUACUGGUGGACGUUUGGUAUCAAGGUCGUAUUGUAAACAGAAGAGCAUAAUAAACGACGAAUCA